UGAAUUAACCCUAACACUUUCACAAAUUUUCAGACACUUCCAUAAGCAAAAAAAAGCUAUGACAUUUUUUUGUGAUCUAAGAAAUGAUGUGAUAAGAAUAAACCUGUUGGGCCCCCUGAGAUAUAUUUAUAUAAUAAUUUGAUCCCUGUCUCUACAUUUCAUAUAUAUUUGCAUCUUAAACCUGAUGCAAAACCAUCAUCUAUUUAAAUUCCAGGCAUCUGUAAUACUUUUCACUGUGUCUGCAUCAUUGACAGAUUAUGGAUUUCAGGUUAUUGAUUCCAGGUCAUCCUUCCACCACGUCUUUGAACCGUGGGAGCAGAGAGCACCACAUCCAUCAGGUGGGAGAUAUUUUCAGUCCAGACACGGUCCUUGUUCUUCUGAGAGGUUCUGUGGGUGAGAACAACAGAAACAACUACGCUCCGCUAGGAAUCGCCAGUCUCAAGCUCCACUAUCGUCUGCAAUCAUGAUCAAAUUGUUGUGUGUGGCGAUUGUUGCAGGAUUGGUUUUGGAGAGCAACCAGCGGACACUGGAGGCCAAACAACUGGAGCCCAAAUUUCCCUGCGACUAUGCAACCCACAUCCAAUGCUGGACGGACUGGUUUGACAGAGAUGACCCCUCUGGAACUGGAGACUGGGAAGUGUUCUCCUUACUUCGUAUUGAGAACCCAGGAAAGAUCUGCCUCAAACCAAUCCAAAUCGAGGCCAAAACUCUGACUGGUCUCAGUGCGGAUGCAGCCGGGGAUGUGAUUUUCAAAAGCGACACAGCCUCAGGAUUCGUCUGCAGGAACAAGGACCAGAAGAUCACAAAGAUGUGCAACGAUUAUCACAUUCGCUUCAGCUGCCAUCCCCCGUUCUGCACAUCUGGCCAUCCAGAAGGGGCCCAGUUUUUGGUGCCCCCCUCUGAGUGGCGCCCUAGGCUACCGCCUAUUUCGCCUGAAGGAAAGACCGGCCCUGGGCGGAGGCGUGUGCUGGACCAACUGGUACGACCGGGACCAGCCCUCUGGUACAGGGGACUGGGAGCUUUUGAGUGACCUGAAGACAGAAAACCCAGGAGAGAUCUGUGACAGCCCGACGUACAUCGAGGCUGUCACCACUGACACCAUGACCCCGGCCAUCAGCACACGGGAGAACUUCUACCACUACAACCCAUCUGUGGGAUUCGUUUGCCGAAUGGUGGACCAAAUAGAUGGCGAAUGCCUCAACUAUAAAUUGCGGUUUGGAUGCCCGUGCGGGUGAUCCAUGGCAGCACUGAGGUGCCGCGGCGAGAGAGGAACCCUUUUCCAAUUUUGAUCUGCUAUGUCUUUUCUCAUUUUGAUUAUAUGAUUUGCUUCUCCUGAUUGAGAAGCACACAGAAAUCUGCCUUUGUCAAGGUAAACUUGUGGUAAUUUUAUCAUUUAAAUUGAUUAUUUUUCCGUUGUGGAUCCAAAUUUUUAUCUUCAGUAGAAAAUACCUAUUAGGUGCUUUUUCUUUUUCUUUUCCUGAUCUCGUGUGAUGACGACUGUUGAAGACAAAUCACUAUCAAUUCAAUAAAAUGAUCCCCAAAAAAUAUGAAAUCUCUUUUCUCAUUAAGUUACACGCUGCUCAGCUUGUUUGCACUGCGCUAAUGGGCUCACAGGCUUACGUGGAGCUGUGGUUCGGUGUGAGCAGUGCAGGCGUAGUAUAUGUCAACAGAUGGCACGAGGCACAGACGGUGGGAGGUGCCGGGUCGCUGGGGGAAUGAGGAAAAGUCAGUGAAUCUAAAUCUGAAAACCUCAUUCUCAGAGCUCUAAGUGCAAUUGGCAAAAUAGCCCAUAUGGUUUAGCACAACUACAUAGAUCACCUUCAAAAGGUCAUAUCUCCUAUACCAAAUUUUAGUUUUGAUGUGCUUAUUGUUUGACAGUAUAUAGUGCUGUACACAUUUUAUGGUACUGUAAGCGUGAUGUAUGGCAAUUACUGUAACAAUUUCCAUGGCAGU